UGAAUGGAUGAGUGUAUUAAUAAAUGAAUAAUUAAGUGAAUGAAUAAAUGAACGAAUAACUGUAUGAGUGAAUUAAUUAAUUAAUGAAUAAGUGAAUGAAUGAAUGAAUGAAUCAGUGAUGAGCGAGAGAAUGAAUGAAUGUGUGUAUGAAUGGAUAAAUAAUUCCAUUAAUAAGUGAAUUAUUUUGUUAAAUAUAUAUAUAUACACAAAUGAAUGAAUGAAUAACUGGAUGAGUGAAUGAAUGAAUGAAUGAAUAAGUGAAUGAAUGAAUGAAUCAGUGAUGAGCGAGAGAAUGAAUGAAUAAAUUAAGAAGUGAAUUUAAAAAAUGAUUGUGUUAUUAAAUGUAUGUAUGAAUGAAUGAAUGAAUGAAUGAAGGAAUGAAGGAAUGAAUGAAUGCAUUGUGACUGAGUGAAUGAAUGAAUGAUUUAAUUACCCAGUGAAUAUACCCUGGAUCACAUGCCAGUCAAUCACUGAGCACCAUGCACCCACGCACACACACACACACACACACACACACACACACACACACACACACACAAGGGCAAUUUAUCGUCGCCGGUACACCUUCUGGCGUGUUAAAGGGAGGUGGAAGAAACCGGAGAACCCAGAGGAAACCCACACGGACCCAGGGAGAACGUGUGAGAGGGUAACUCGAGUGCAGGGUCGAACCAGGGAUCCUGGAGCUGUCGUAUCCUGAUUUCAUUUCAUACUGUUCUGAUAUUAUUUAGCUGUGUUUUCUAAUAUUUUAUUUAAAUAUCUCUGAAUAACAAAAAUGUAAAGUCUGCUAUGAUCUGUAUUUUUGCACAGAUUUUAUUUUGGAAUGUACUGACGAUAUGUGGGAAAAGUUGUUGUUGUUGUUGUUGUUGUUGUUUACACUGAUACAACAGUAUAACAUGUGAUUAAAUGUGAUUAAUGUAAGGAUUAUUUCAUGAACUCGUAAAAUAAGAGAAGAAUGUAUUAUUGCGCAUGACUGUGGUCUUGUGCAGCUGUGUCUACUCUCAGCUGUACACUUGUAGCUUGUAACUGUUGCAGUGCAGCACUCUCUUACUCAUUAUAAUACAACAGAGUGAUAUGCGGUCACGUGGAAAAGAUGUGAAGGAGCAUUGCUCCAUGUCAUGCCCUGAGUACGGUGUCUCUGCAGAACAACAACAACAACAACAAAAAAAAGCGUUUUCAAAUUAUUGGACGUUUUUCAAACUCUUAACCUGAUUUGUUAAGAUAACCCUAACCCUAACCCUAACAGUAGUAGAUUGGAUGGUUGAAGAACGCCUGUCCGGUCUGAAGACGCCCACUGAUUGGGAAACGCCCAUUUAUGUUCCGCAGAGACCCAGAUUAACACGUGACACCAGUGUGAACGGUGUGUGUGAAUUACGUGGGAGAAUACAGUGGUUGGGGGGGGGGCUUGCGUGUGAAAAUGAAAACGUGUGAAGCAUGACGUGUAAAGUGAAUAAUAACACGCAUGUGCAUCAGGUGAUGAAACUGAACUGUCAGAGAUUUACUGUAAAAUAUUUUGCAGUGGACUGGACGUGCGUGUUUAGAAGCGUGCGCGCGUGUGUGUGUGUGUGUGUGUGUGUGUUUCCCUUCUUCGCCGUGUCAAUCUGCUGAAUUACCCCGACGUGCUUUUUAUCCAGACUCCACAUUGCGCAGGCGUGAUCCACUCCGAGGCGCUCGGUGCACGUUCUCCUCACUUGCAGCUCUUCUUCUUCUUCUGCAUGUAGAGAGAGACAGCAGGCAGGAACACAAACUCCCUCACGGCGCACUUUUAUUUCGGCUCUCUCUCUCUCUCUCUCUCUCUCUCUCUCUCUCUCUCUCUCCGGAGGGAGUGUGAUGUGAUGCGCGCUUCUGCCGUCCCCUCCAAGACCGGAUCCUCUGUCGGUGCCUCCGCCACGCCGCCGCUCGGCUCGUGAAUGGCCCUGACAUGGAGGAAGUCCCGUUUCAGAAAGUCAAGACGCGGCGGAAGCGGAGCCGGCGCUGUCCGCCCGGCGUGCCCGUGACCGCCAUCGCGUGCGAGGACGAGUUCGACUGCAAGGAGCUCGAGUCGUUGUUCCGCACUUACAACCUGAAGCUGGAGCAGACCUCGGCGCUCAAGGCGCUCGCGGUGCUCGCGGUGCUGGCGUGCGCGCUCGCCGCGCUCGAGGCACUCUCCGGCCCGGGCCUGGCCGUCGCCAAGGCGUCACAUCCGGCGCACGCCGUCGUGUUCGCGUCGCUCUUCGUUGUGGCCAAUGUCAAGUACCUGCGCGUGGGUCAGCUGCAGCAGAUCGUGAGCCUCACGCUGCUGUUCGCCUUCACCUUCGCGCUGCUCUGCUGUCCGUUCCCGCCCGUGGCGCCCGGGUCCCACGCGCCCACCGCGCCGCCGCCCGAGCACGGAGUCUGGCAGCUCGCGCUCGUCACCUUCGUCGCGUACGCGCUGCUUCCGGUGAGGACCCUGCUGGCCGUGACCUUCGGCAUCAUGGUGGCCAUCUCGCACAUCGUGGUCACGGCAGCGUCGGUCACCGCCAAGACGCACAAGCUGUGGAGAGCGCUGGUGGCCAACACGGUCCUCUUCACCAGCGUGAAUCUGUCCGGUCUGUUUGUGCGGAUCCUCACCGAGCGCGCUCAGAGAAAGGCCUUCCUGCAGGCACGCAACUGCAUCGAGGAGAGACUGCGCAUGGAGGACGAGAACGAGAAGCAGGAGCGACUGCUGAUGAGCCUCUUGCCCAGGAACGUAGCUAUGGAGAUGAAGGAAGACUUCCUGAAACCUCCCGACCGGAUUUUCCACAAGAUCUACAUCCAGCGCCAUGACAACGUCAGCAUCCUGUUUGCGGACAUCGUGGGCUUCACCAGCCUGGCGUCACAGUGCACGGCGCAGGAGUUGGUGAAGCUGCUCAACGAGCUCUUUGGAAAGUUCGACGAGCUCGCCACAGAGAACCACUGCCGGCGCAUAAAGAUCCUGGGCGACUGUUAUUACUGCGUGUCAGGACUGACCCAGCCCAAAACAGACCACGCCCACUGCUGCGUCGAGAUGGGUCUCGAUAUGAUCGACACCAUCACGUCAGUGGCGGAGGCGACAGAAGUGAACCUGAACAUGCGCGUGGGUUUACACACGGGCCGUGUGCUCUGUGGCGUUCUGGGGCUCAGGAAGUGGCAGUACGAUGUCUGGUCCAAUGAUGUGACACUGGCGAAUGUGAUGGAGGCUGGGGGGCUACCUGGGAAAGUGCACAUCACUCGCGCCACGCUGGAGUGCCUGAAUGGUGACUAUGAGGUGGAGCCAGGAAAUGGGCAAGAGAGGAACGCCUUCCUGCAGAAACACGACAUUGAGACCUUCUUUAUAGUCCCAUCUCACCGCCGGAAGAUCUUUCCUGGACUCAUCCUUUCUGACAUCAAACCUGCCAAAAAGAUGAAGUUUAAAACGGUCUGCUACCUGCUGGUGCAGCUCAUGCACUGCCGCAAGAUGUUCAAGGCUGAGAUCCCCUUCUCCAACGUGAUGAACUGCGAGGAUGGGGACAAGAGGAGAGUUCUGCGCUCGGCCCCGGAGAAACUACGGAAUCGGACCUCGGUUGCGGCCAACGUGACCCAGAGCAGCCCCGGCACACGUGUCAACCGCUACAUCGGCCGUCUGAUCGAGGCACGUCAGACAGAGUCGGACACGGCGGACUUAAACUUCCUUACGCUCAUGUACAAGUGCUCAGAGCGGGAGAGGAAGUAUCACCUCAUCCAUGACGAGUACUUCACCAGCGGCGUGGUGCUGUCGCUGAUCCUCGCUGCCUUGUUGGGCUUCGUCUACCUUCUCAUCAUGCCACAGGGGACAGUAGUGUUGGUGCUGCUGGCUUUCUGCAUCUGUUUCCUUGUAGCUUGUAUCAUGUACCUUCAUGUCACUAGAGUGCAGUGUUUUCCUGGGUGCCUCACCAUUCAAAUCCGCACGGUCCUGUGUGUGCUAAUAGUGCUGCUAAUCUACGCUGUGGCGCAGGCGUGUGUGGUGGGCUGCAUGCCCUGGCUCUGGGACUCCACUUCCAACACCUCUAUAGUGAUCAUAGACUUGGUGGGCGGUGCUAACCGCACCAUGCCGGAGCUGCCAUGUGACGGGGUCCAGUACGCCUUCCUGGCGUGUGCGGUUGCCACGGUUACCAUGGCGCUGUUCCUGCGAGUGUCCUGGCUGCCCAAGCUGCUUCUGCUGCUCGUGCUGGCCGUCAGCUUCAUCACUGUCCUGGAGCUGAGCGGAUAUCGCCGAACCGUGACCGGCGCGGGUGUAGGUUCUCUGAACGUUCGCUCGUAUGAGCCCAUCCUCUCCCUGCUGCUGUUCUCCUGCGCUCUGGCCCUGCACUCACGCCAGCUCGAGCUCAAACUGCGCCUCGACUUCCUCUGGGCCACACAGGCUGAGGAGGAGCGGGACGGUAUGGAGAAGGUGAAGUUGGACAACAGGAGGAUUCUCUUCAAUCUGCUGCCGGUUCACGUGGCUCAGCACUUCUUAAUGUCCAACCCCAGGAACAUGGAUCUGUAUUACCAGUCGUACUCCCAGGUCAGCGUGCUCUUCGCCUCCAUUCCCAACUUCAACGACUUCUACAUCGAGCUGGACGGAAACAACAUGGGCGUGGAGUGCCUGCGUCUCCUCAACGAGAUCAUCGCCGAUUUCGACGAGCUCAUGGACAAGGAAUGCUACAAAGACAUUGAGAAGAUCAAAACCAUCGGCAGCACGUACAUGGCAGCGGUGGGUUUGGUUCCCACUGCGGACAGCAAGGUUAAAAAGUCCAUUUUAGCUCACCUGAGCACAAUAGCAGACUUCGCCAUCGAAAUGUUUGACGUCCUUGAUGAAAUCAACUACCAGUCUUACAACGAUUUUAUCCUGAGAGUAGGUAUAAAUGUAGGUCCAGUCGUGGCCGGUGUAAUCGGGGCUCGUAGGCCUCAGUAUGAUAUCUGGGGCAACACGGUGAACGUGGCCAGCCGUAUGGACAGUACGGGAGUCCCGGGAAAGAUCCAGGUAACAGAGGAAGUGCACCGCCUGCUGCAGAACGACUACGACUUGGUUUGUCGCGGCAACAUCAGCGUAAAGGGUAAAGGUGAAAUGGUGACCUACUUCCUGGAGGGCCGGUCUCAAGGCGCAGGUCCGAGGCCACCCGAGCGCCGCAGGAGCACGUACGCCAUGGGCCGUGCCGCCAGGGUCGGGGUCGGAUCUGCACAGAGCUCCGCCCACAACCCCGCACAUGGCCGUCCUGCGUCUUAUAUCGUGCACGAGGGGACCGGUGAGGAGGACACUGAAGAGGAG